AGCAACAAAAACAACAACUAGCAGAGCAGGCCGUCACGUAUCUCUCGUCUCCUACUCGAGUGCUCGCCGUCCGGUCUACUCGCCGCGCGCAGCCGCCAUGGAUCCAUCUCGAUCUUUCAUCAAAGACGUGAAGCGGAUCAUCAUAAAGGUGGGGACUGCAGUUGUCACAAGGGCAGAUGGGAGAUUAGCUCUUGGAAGACUGGGGGCCCUUUGCGAGCAGGUUAAAGAACUUAAUUAUAGUGGUUUUGAAGUAAUCCUGGUUACUUCAGGUGCGGUUGGUGUUGGCCGGCAAAGGCUUAGAUUUAGGAAACUGGUCAACAGCAGCUUUGCUGAUCUCCAGAAACCCCAAGUGGAGCUAGAUGGGAAGGCUUGUGCCGCUGUUGGUCAAAGUGGGCUAAUGGCUUUGUAUGAUGCCUUAUUUAGUCAGUUGGAUGUGACAUCAUCUCAGCUUCUUGUCACCGAUAGCGACUUUAAGGAUCCAAAUUUCCGGAUGCAACUCUGUCAGACUGUGAAAUCAUUGUUAGCUUUGAAAGUUAUUCCUGUAUUCAAUGAAAAUGAUGCAGUAAGUACUAGGAGAGCUCCAUAUGAGGAUUCUUCUGGUAUCUUUUGGGAUAAUGACAGUUUAGCGGCUUUAUUAGCUUUGGAACUGAAAGCUGAUCUUCUUGUUCUGCUAAGUGAUGUUGAAGGUCUAUAUAGUGGUCCCCCUGGUGAACCACAUUCAAAGUUAAUACAUACCUAUGUGAAAGAAAGGCAUCAUGGUGAGAUAACUUUUGGAGACAAGUCCAGAGUAGGAAGAGGAGGUAUGACUGCUAAAGUGAAGGCUGCAGUGUAUGCUGCUUAUGCAGGCACCCCUGUUGUGAUUACAAGUGGUUUCACUACUGAUAGCAUCAUUAAAGUAGUUCAAGGUGAGAGAGUUGGUACCCUUUUCCAUCAGGACGCAAGUAAGUGGGCAUUGCCGAAAGAAGUUAGUGCACGUUGCAUGGCAGUGUCAGCAAGAGAAUGUUCAAGGCGACUUCAGAGUUUAUCGUCAGAGGAACGCAAGAAGAUCUUGUUGGACAUUGCUAAUGCUUUAGAAGCAAAUGAGAAAUUAAUUAGAAUUGAAAAUGAGGCUGAUGUCUCUGCUGCACAACAGGCUGGAUAUGAAAAAUCAUUAAUUUCUAGAUUGACUCUGAAGCCAGGCAAGAUAUCUUGUCUUGCAAACUCCAUUCGUGUACUUGCAGAUAUGGAAGAUCCGAUAUGCCGAGUCUUGAAAAGAACAGAGCUUGCUGAUGGGCUCAUCUUAGAAAAGACAUCCUGCCCCUUGGGAGUUCUUCUCAUUGUUUUUGAGUCGAGGCCUGAUGCCUUAGUUCAAAUUGCAUCUUUAGCUGUUCGAAGUGGGAACGGCCUUCUUCUGAAAGGUGGCAAAGAAGCCAUGAGAUCUAAUGCAAUUUUGCAUAAGGUCAUUACAGGAGCAAUUCCAGAUGUAGGUGAAAAGCUUAUUGGGCUUGUCACAUCAAGAGAUGAGAUUCCGGAUCUGCUAAAGCUUGAUGAUGUUAUUGAUCUUGUUAUCCCAAGAGGUAGCAAUAAACUUGUUACUCAAAUUAAGGAAUCCACCAAGAUUCCUGUACUAGGUCAUGCAGAUGGCAUUUGUCAUGUAUAUAUUGACAAAUCUGCUGACAUCGAAAUGGCAAAGCGCAUCGUGUUGGAUGCCAAGACUGAUUAUCCAGCAGCUUGUAAUGCUAUGGAAACACUUCUUGUGCACAAGGAUCUCUUGAAGACUGAGGGGCUUAAUAAUUUGUUAACGGAGCUGAAAAAUGAAGGGGUUGCUUUAUAUGGUGGAUCUAUAGUAAGUCUCGAGUACGGUAUUUCUGAAGCACCAUCAUUUCAUCACGAGUACAAUUCAAUGGCUUGUACAAUUGAAGUAGUUGAUGAUAUACAUGGUGCAAUUGACCAUAUACAUCAAUAUGGAAGUGCACAUACUGACUGCAUAGUCGCCGAGGAUCUUGCAGCUGCAGAGAUCUUUCUCCAUCAAGUUGACAGUGCUGCAGUGUUUCACAAUGCUAGCACACGCUUCUGUGAUGGAGCCCGUUUUGGACUUGGUGCAGAGGUGGGUAUAAGUACAAGUAGGAUUCAUGCUCGAGGCCCAGUUGGUGUCGAAGGAUUAUUAACCACUCGAUGGAUUUUGAGAGGUAAUGGACAAGUUGUGGAUGGUGAUAAAGGGGUAGUGUACACCCACCGGAAUCUUCCAUUGUAGCAAAUGAGAACUUGAGCUUUGAAGGGAUGGGGAUUUGGUUCACUUGAUGCGAGAGUUGGUUCCAGCAUUCCCAAAGUAUUUGCGUGUCUGUACUGUAGGAACUCUUCGAAGUUGUAGCAGCAGUUUAUGGUUGUUGUUUAUGGCUAAGGUUCCUUUCUGAAUAAGGUCACGUCCCCACUCCAUGUGGUUGAUGUAUCAAAUGCUUGUUGCCUCUGCUAUCAUGAGAUUUUUUAUUUGAUACAGUGUCAAUCUUUUCUAGAACUUUAAAAUGAUAUUCGGUGAGCUCGUGGCAGUUUUAA